AUCUCGGCUGGGGCAGGAAGGGGAAACUGAGACCCAGAGCUUCCUGACCGCCGGUCGAGCCCGGGUGUGGGGAGGGAAAGCCGAAACACGGAGCUUGCAGACCCAGCAGGAGCCCCUAUGGACUGGAGGACCUCGUUUCCCCAAUACCCCGUUGCACAAAGGAGAAACUGAGCUCGGGAGAGGACACCGCCGCUUUCCUGGCUGUGGCACCUUGCUCAGCCUCUCCAUAUCCUAGUGUCCUCAUAUAUAAAAUGGGAUUUUUUUUUCCCCCCUUCACGGAGUUGUAUGAGGAUUAAAUGAAUACAUCGCUCAGCCGGGUGCCUGGUAUCCCGGGAGUGCUUUUCGGGUUUGCUGCUGUUGCUGUGGGUCUGUGCGUGGGAGCAGUUUAUGAAUGGAGCGCCUGCUGCGACUGGCUGUGCGCUUCGUGUUGGGGACUCGGCAGACCCCGUCCCUGCCCUUUGGGGACUCGUGGUCCAGUGAGAAGGUGGAGACACAGAGCUGGACACUUUCAGUCCAGGCUGAUGAGCACUGUGAUAAUGGACACACAGGUGCUGGGAGGUCCCUAAGCCAGAAGGCUUCCUGGGAGGGACGCUGUAAGUGGAAGUGGGUGCCAAGCCCUGGGGAGCAGCAGGGCGUCAGGGAGGGCUUCCUGGAGGUGUCUUGGUGGGUCCAGCUCUGGGCCCAGCCAGGGCUGUUACUUCCCCUGCUGUUACUGCAGGGGAAGAAGUUCCUGGGAGACUUGCAGCCGGACGGGAGGAUUGUGUGGCAGGAAACUGGGCAGGUGUUCAACUCUCCCAGUGCCUGGGCAACCCACUGCAAAAAGCUGGUGAACCCGGCCAAGAAGUCCGGGUGCGGCUGGGCUUCUGUCAAGUACAAGGGCCAGAAACUGGACAAGUACAAGGCAGCCUGGCUCCGGCGACACCAGCUCCACAUUCCCACGGCUGCUGCCGAUGAGAGCCCGGCCAGUGAAGGGGAGGAGGAGGAGCUGUUGAUGGAGGAAGAUGAGGAGGAGGUUCUGGCGGGGGUCUCGACGGAGGACAAGAGUCGGAGACCACCUGCGAAGGGACCCUUGGAGCCUCCCCACCCAGAGGCCGCGCCCCCGGGGAAGCGGGUGGAAAACAAGAUCCGGGUGCCCGUGCGCUACUGUAUGUUGGGCAGUCGCGACUCUGCCAGGAACCCCCACACGCUGGUGGAAGUCACGUCCUUCGCUGCCAUCAACAAGUUCCAGCCGUUCAACGUGGCCGUCUCCAGCAACGUGCUGUUCCUGCUGGACUUCCACAGCCACCUGACUCGCAGCGAGGUCGUGGGGUACCUGGGGGGCCGCUGGGACAUCAACAGCCAGAUGCUCACGGUGCUGAGAGCCUUCCCCUGUCGCAGCCGCCUGGGGGACGCGGAUAUGGCUGCCGCCAUGGAAGAGGAGCCUCGCCUGUGCCCCCAGAUCUACCAGAGCCUGCUCCUGCGGGGCCUGUCCCUGGUGGGCUGGUACCACAGCCACCCACACAGCCCCGCGCUGCCGUCGCUGCAGGACAUCGACUCGCAGAUGGACUACCAGCUGCGCCUGCAGGGCUCCAGCAACGGCUUCCAGCCCUGCCUCGCCCUGCUCUGCUCCCCUUACUAUUCUGGCAAUCCUGGCCCUGAGUCCAAGAUCUCGCCGUUCUGGGUGAUGCCGCCCCCUGAGCAAAGGCCCAGUGACUACGGCAUCCCCAUGGACGUGGAGAUGGCCUACGUCCAGGACAACUUCCUGACUAAUGACAUCUUGCAUGAGAUGAUGCUGCUGGUGGAGUUCUACAAGGGCGCCCCGGACCUCGUGAAGUUCCAGGAGCCCUGGAGCCAGGAGCACACGUACCUGGACAAGCUGAAGAUGUCCCUGGCCAGCAGGACACCCAAGGACCAGGGCCUGUGCCGUGUACUGGAGCAGGUCUACAGCCUUCUCAAACAAGGGAGCUGAGGCACCGCCUCCGAGGUCGUCCUCCGAACCCCCCGUGGUUCCGGCUGAGGGGCAAUGGGUCGGGGGCUUUGUUGUGGUGCAGCAAUAAAGGGGAGAAGCCAGGA